CAGACAGUUUGACAGUCACUCACUGAGCUUUGCAUCGCGUGCGCACAGACACAACUUAUCCGCUGCGCGUCAGGACUGCAGUCGUUCGCGCCACUCUCCCAUCCGUUCCCAUGUUUAGGAUGCUACAAACACCACAGCUCCGUCAAGGCGUGAUUGCACUUUUUAUGUGGUUCACUCACUUUAUGGAGGACUACAAAGUCCAGGCGGGUAACUGCUGGUUGCAGCAGGGAAAGAACGGCCGGUGCCAGGUGCUCUACAUGUCCGGGAUGACCCGAGAGGACUGCUGCCGGAGUGGUCGUCUGGGCACCGCAUGGACCGAGGAAGAUGUGCCCAACAGCACGCUGUUCCGAUGGAUGAUCUUCAAUGGAGGCGCGCCUAAUUGCAUACCUUGUAAAGAAACAUGCGAUAGCGUUGACUGUGGUCCUGGGAAGAGAUGCAAGAUGAACAAGAGGAACAAGCCCAGGUGUGUGUGUGCUCCAGACUGCUCCAACAUCACAAGGAGGGGGUCCAUCUGUGGGUCGGAUGGAAAAUCCUACAAGGAUGAGUGUACAAUGCUCAGGGCCCGCUGCAGGAACCAUCCUGACCUGGAGGUCCAGUACCACGGACGCUGCCGCAAGACGUGUCACGGAGUUCGCUGCCCUGGCUCUGCGUCGUGUGUCGUGGACCAGACAAACAAUGCCUACUGUGUGGCCUGUAAUCACCAGUGUCCAGAGGUGAAAUCCCCUGACCAGUACCUGUGUGGCAACGAUGGCGUUGUUUAUGCCAGCGCCUGUCAUCUGAGGAGAGCCACGUGCAUCCUGGGAAGGUCCAUCGGCGUGGCGUACGAAGGGAAAUGCCUUGACGCCCGGUCAUGUGGCGACAUCGUGUGUCGGGGAGCGAAAAGGUGUCUGUGGGAUGAAGCGAGUGGCCGCGGACGCUGCUCUGUGUGUGACGAGCCAUGUCCGGAGAGUCGCCCGGGUGAGAGUGUGUGCUCCAGCGACAACAACACCUACCCCAGCGAGUGUUCCAUGAGGCAGGCCGCAUGCGCUCAGCAGCGUCACCUGGAGGUCAAACACUCAGGUUCCUGCAACUGUUUAAACCAGGUUUAAACCAUCACCCCACUGCCCAGCCCAGCCCCCCUCUCAGCCUCCAGCCUCUCUCAUAACCACAAUCACUUUUCUUUAUGUCCCGUACUCUGGUCCAUGGAAGAAGAGAAGCAGACUGUCAGUGAAUCAAGUCAAGGAAAAUUUGAUUCAUGUUGCAGUUGGAUUCUGUGCUGUUGUUAGGGUCAAUGGGGCGGUGGUUAGAGCAUUGGACUAGUAGUUAGUUAGAGCGUUAGUAGUGGUUAGAGCGUUGGACUAGUAACUGAAAGGUUGCAAGAUCGAAUCCCCGAGCUGGCAAGGUAAAAAUCUGUCGUUCUGCCCCUGAACAAGGCAGUUAACCCACUGUUCGUAGGCAGUCAUUGAAAAUAAGAAUUUGUUCCUAACUGACUUUCCUAGUAAGAUGAAAUAAAAUAAAUAACAAAUUAUGCUUAAUUUUGCUGUGAGAUUCUGUGCUGUUGUUAAGGUCAAUGAUGCUUAAUGUUGCAGUGAGAUUCUGUGCUGUUGUUAGGGUCAAUGAUGCUUCUUAAUGUUGCAGUGAGAUUCUGUGCUGUUGUUUGGGUCAAUGAUGCUUAAUGUUGCAGUGAGAUUCUGUGCUGUUCUUAGGGUCAAUGAUGCUUAAUGUUGCAGUGAGAUUCUGUGCUGUUGUUAGGGUCAAUGAUGCUUAAUGUUGCAGUGAGAUUCUGUGCUGUUGUUAGGGUCAAUGAUGCUUAAUGUUGCAGUGAGAUUCUGUGCUGUUGUUAGGUUCAAUGAUGCUUAAUGUUGCAGUGAGAUUCUGUGCUGUUCUUAGGGUCAAUGAUGCUUAAUGUUGCAGUGAGAUUCUGUGCUGUUGUUAGGGUCAAUGAUGCUUCAUGUUGCAGUGAGAUUCUGUGCUGUUGUUAGGGUCAAUGAUGCAACUGCUAGUAGACAAUUUGUUCUUCCAUAUAUUCGUUAUCAGACAGGGAAGCUUGAGGAAGAGGGGAAGGAAGAAGAAGAGAAAGAAGAGCAGGAAUACUAGGAUUUUCUUCAUCAAUAUGUCCUGGAAUACAACGGUGAUGAUAAACCUUAUAAUAGCUGAAUAUUGUUUCAGUUCAGCCACAGAAUACUGUUCAUAUUGUAUAUAAAGUGUAUGCUUAUUUAUUUUCCAUGGAAGAGAAAUAAGCCAAGGUCUCCCGAACUCUGUCCUCGGGACCCCAAGGGGUGCAUGUUUAGGUUUUUGCGCUAGUACUACACAGCUGAUUCAAAUAAUCAACUAAUCAUCAAGCUUUGUUCGUUUGAAUUGACUGUGUAUUGUUAGGGCAAAAACCAAAACAUGCAGCCCUUUGGGUGCCCAGGACCGAGUUUGAGAAACCCUGGCUGAACUAAGCAAUCGUAUAUUUGAAAUCUUGUAGGUGUUGUUUACUUGUAUGUAUUUAUAUAUUUUGUUUAUUAUUUAUACAUUAACAGUGUCCGUCUGUCUUACUGUAUACCUAAUGUCUCUUGCAUUUUAUCCAAAGAGAAAAUGUAUUAUUUAUUUGAGGUGCAAUACUACCCACAUUGAUGUUCCUGUUCUGUAAACUCCUGCAAUGCAUUCUCUGAGCUGUACACAUCUGCUUAUUGUGGGCAAGAUUUGGAUUUACCCCUUCUUGCAACAUUGUGAAAUGUUGGCUAGCGUGUUUAGUGUGUUCCAGUUUAUUUUAUGGAGAACUUGUUGCUCACCAAUGUAUAUACCCUAGUGAGAGAAAGGUUUUGUUGACCCAAAGCUGACCUAAAUGGCUUUGUCUAGUCUUUUGUUGAACCAGAGUUACCCGUCCUAGUCCCACUACAGUGCAUAGCGAUACUUUUAACGAGUCACUAUGGUCUCUCUCCCUUCAGAAAAUGACUAGCUUUGUUUAUUAAGGGGAGCAGGAUGGAUGCCACUAAAACAAUGUACAGUUGAUGUCGGAAGUUUACAUACACUUAGGUUGGAGUCAUUAAAACUUGUUAUUCAACCUUCUCCACAAAUUUCUUGAUAACAAACUAUAGUUUUGGCAAGUCGGUUAGGACAUCUAC